GACUGCUCUAAUCUUUCAUUACGAAAUUUUGUAAAAUAGCAUAGCAGACGAAUUUCCGUUCUGCCAGUAAAAAUAGAUAGAUAUAAACAACAACACAAGUGUAAAUUAUUAGUGAAUUCCCCGAGAGCCAUAUUAAAAAAAUCGUAAAUUAUCAGUAGAAAAAGUUUAGGCAAGCAAAUAAACAACUAAUGAAGCAUCAAGAACGGCUAAAACAACAACAAUUAAACAAACAACAAUUGCAACUACCACAGGAAUAACAAGGACAAGGACACAAAAAUAAGCCGCCCACGCGCAGGCCAGAAAGAGACGGCACAUCGCACACAUACUCGCUGCAAUUAUUUUGUUUUUGUCAAUCCAACCAGGAGAGACAAAAAAUAAAGAGGGGGCGAGCAAGAGCAAGAGGAGUCCGUGCCAGUGCAAGUGCGAGCGAGAGCAACGAUGGAUCGCUACGACAUGGAGGACGUCGUUGUGACGCACCCUGUCGAGUUAACUUCGCCGCUCAAGGAGUGGCGCCUCAAGCGCCAAGAGGGAACACUAUCCCGAUCCGAUUUCAUAGGAUAUUUCGAGCGCGAAUCGCAUAAGUAUUUUGUUUAUCAAACAAGCGGUGCGGAGACAGAUACCAAUGUGCUUACUCUCAAGUGUAUGUUCAAGGAGGCGCUGGCCAAGAAGGAUAUCAUCGAUGUUGUGGUGGAAUUCAUACUGGGCGAUAAUCCCACAUCCGCACUGGAGAAGCUCCGGCUAGAGGGCAAUACGGCCACCGUCUGUGGCAAGGUAUUUAAGAAUGGGGAGCCCACCUACAGCUGCCGCGAGUGCGGCGUUGAUCCCACCUGCGUGCUCUGCGUCAAUUGCUUCAAGCGGUCGGCGCAUCGCUUCCACAAGUACAAGAUGUCCACCUCUGGCGGCGGCGGCUGCUGCGAUUGCGGUGAUGACGAAGCCUGGAAGAAGGAUCACUAUUGCCAGCUGCAUCUGGCAAAUCGCAAGAAUCCAUUAGAGAGCAAAAUCCUAACUGAUGAGGUACUGGAGCGGGCGGAGAUCUGCUUUGGAGCGAUUCUCGCUUUCUGCGUGAACUACUUGGAAAUCGAGCCGAACGCCAGUCUGCAAUGCCUGGAGGGACACGUGAAGGACGGGCAGGUGGAUGGAGCGCAAUACUGCACCGUGCUCUACAACGAUGAGUCGCACACAUUCGAUCAGGUGAUCCAAACACUGACCAAGAUCGCCAAAUGUCCGCAGAAGAACGCCAUGGAGAUUGUGGCAGCGAUUGAUCGCGAAGGGCGAGCGGUAGUCAAGUGCGAUACCUUUAAGGGGUGCAACGACCUAAAGGAAGCUAUCGAGAAUCAGAUGAUACCGCCGACGCCCCUGCUAACGUCCGUGCGCAAUAACCAGUCUCUGAGGACAUCGGUGCUGCACAUAGGGGCCGUGGCCUGUCAACAGUUUGCUCUACAGUUGCUCGGCUGGUUCCAGGAGUUCUUGGUGCGCCAUUACCUCUUCCGAAAAACCUUUUCCGAGCUGGUGCAGCGCAAACAAGAACCCUUCUGCAUCCGGCACAUCCUGGAGUAUGACGUAAAGCUGUGGAAGACAGCGCGAACCUGCUGGCAUCGCCUGCUCAUUUCCGGCAUGCUGAUGGAGUAUGACAACAAAAUGGUCUUGGCUCAAGUGUUUUCUCGUCGUUACGCCACCAUUGUUGAGGACUUUAUCAGCGACGAUCAUGACCACGCCUUUUCGAUAGUGUCUCUCAGCGUUCAACUAUUCACGGUGCCCAGCAUCGCCCAUCACCUGAUCGCCCAUGAGGGUAUCUUCGACAAAUUGCUGCACACGUUCUACCACGUGGCUAUCGAAAAGUUCAUACAGAACAAGACGCUACACUUUAGCAAGAACAUCGCCAGCAUGGCCUUCUUCAAGAGGGCCAACUACAUCCUGUAUGAUUUACGGUAUUUGCUUAGCAUUAAACCGGAGGUACUUAGCAAUGAUCUGAGAAGCGGCUUUCUGGAAGGCUGCCGUGCUUUGAUGCGUGUGCUAAACGUGAUGCAGGGCAUGGAAUCUAUCACCAGACAAACGGGACAACACAUGGACUACGAGCCGGAGUGGGAGUGCGCCUUCAAUCUUCACAUAAAGUUGGCUACAACCAUUUCACAGGUGAUCGAGUGGGCGGCCACUGAUGUGAAACUGUUGCUCAAGCUCUUCAAAAUGACGGUGAGGGCGUUGGUAAGCAACAGUUUCAUCGUGGGCGUUGAUAAGACGGAAGUGAGGAGUGUGGCGGGUCAUGUUGCCAAAUGCCUGAUAUACGAUGUAUCAGUGAAGCCAGUGUCCAUCCAUCUGCCUCUAUCGCGAUUCUAUGCCGGCAUCUAUCUACAUUUGGGAACCCAUAAUAUGACCUACGACAGCCUGCAAAGUGAAUCGGAUGAGCUAAGCAUGAAGCUGACGCCCAGAGAGAUCAUUGAACCGGUUCUGUGCACUCAUGCUAUGAUCGCACAGGUGACCGCAGGCAUGUGGCGCCGAAAUGGUUACUCCCUACUGCACCAGCUUUACUUCUACCGGAAUGUGCGUUGCCGCGUGGAGAUGCUGGACAGGGAUAUAGUCUGCCUACAGAUUGGAGCCUCGUUGAUGGAAAGCAACGAAUUCCUAAUCCAUGUGUUAAACAAGUUUAAUCUGAUAGCUUGGGCCCAGGCAAACUAUGAAACCGUAUUGGCAGAGAAACUCUUGGACGAUGAUUUCAUGCGGCAGCUUUCGAUGAUUGAUGAAUUCCUGGAACUGUUGAUCGUUAUAAUCGGUGAACGCUGGAUGCCGGGCGUUUCGAUGGUGACGGAAGAGGAUCGCUUGCGUAAGGAAAUCAUUCAGCUGUUGUGCACCAAAUCCUACUCGCACUCGGAGUUGAGUCGUGCAUUGCCGGAUGGCAAUAGCGGAAAUAGCGACAACAUCUUUGAGGACGUCAUUAACACUGUGGCCGUGUUUAAAAAGCCCGUAGGCGUAGACAGCAAGGGAGUGUACGAGCUGAAGGAGCAUUUGUUAGAGGAGUUCAACGUUUACUUCUAUCACUACACCAAGGAGGACAAGUCCAAGGCCGAGGAACUGCAGCGGGAACGGCGCAAGGCCAAGAAGGAACUCGUUUGCUGCCCGCCCCCGAUGCUGCCGCAACUAACACCAGCCUUUACAUCGAUGGCCAACAUCCUGCAGUGCAACGUCUUUCUUAGCAUCUGCACCCAGGUUAUGGAUCGGGCACUGGAUUCGCGCAGUCGCUCCUUCACUGAGUCACAUCUUCAGAAGAUCCUUCACCUUUUGGGUUUCGCCAUCCAGGAGGAGCUGAGCGAGCGGUAUCCAUUCUUGAGCUUCUACGAACGUUCCCAGAAGUACGGAAUUCUGGAGAAGUUGGAAGAGCUCGCCCGUUGUGCCAGGUUGGAGGCUCAUCGUGACUUUGUGCUGUGGACCAUCAAGCGGUACAAAGAGCUUCAGGCAAAGCAAGCGCCGAGUGAAGGCGGAGCUGGAUCAAGUGACACCCAGCAGGGCGUCGAAGAGGAACAGCCCCUGAGCUCCGAGGAGCAGGCACGACAGGAGAAAGAGGCUCGCGCACGUUUGGCAGCCGAACGUCGGGCAAAGAUCAUGGCCCAGAUGCAAAGUGCUCAGAAAUCGUUUAUGAAGAACAAUGCCGAAAGUUUUGCGGCCAGUGAAAAGGAGGCGCGAGAGGAUUCGGCAGCCACUGGUAUGGAAUGGGAAGAUAUUCCGGCCGAGGACGAGCAGGGUGCAGUGGCUCUCAAGCCAAACGUGGCCUGCUUGGGUCCGGAACGCAAAUUGUACCAGGGGAGUGAUGCCAAUUUCAAGUGCAUCCUGUGCUUCGAGAACUGCACCAUUAGCCGGAACGGUCCGCCGUUGGUCAGCUCUGCCUUUGUCCAGACCUCGCGGGUGAUUUUCACCACAUUUAAUAUGCAUAGAAGCAAGAGCGCUCUGCACAUGAGUUGCUGCGGUCAUGUAAUGCACUAUAGCUGCUGGCAGGAGUACUAUACCAACGAGGAGUCGAAGGAGCUGCGUCGUCCGCACCGCAAUCGCGUGGCUCUAAGUCAGGCGCACAACGUAGAGUUCCACUGUCCGUAUUGCCGGACCCUAAGUAACACCGUGCUGCCGGUGACCGAAGCGUUGCCCGUAUUCUCACCGGCUCCUGCUCCAACAGAUAGCUAUCUGCCAUUGGACAGCUUCGUGGAGAUUAUGCGCACACUGGCCGGUGAACUUGGCUCCAUUAAAGAAGAUGAAAUGUGCCAGUUUCUGAGUGUGUCUAACAUCCUGCACAAGUCUGGAGUUGUCGGGGACAUUGCGCAGUUCGAGCGAAGCGUGCAACUGAUCCACGACCCUCCCAAGCUGCAUUCAAACUACAGCGAUGUUAUGGCCUUCUUAAACAAGGCCCUGCUGAACGCCACGCAGAGUCAGAACUCACAUCUCAAAGACAUUACCAGAGACGUCACUGUACAGGACCUAGAUACUACCGAGUCAGUGCCCAUGCUGUGGGAUACAUGCAGCUACACUCUGCAGGCACUGGAGAUCUAUCUGUUUAAAAUUCAGAAGCCACUAAAGGCCGAGCUGACAAUGCGUCACCAAAGCUGUGCCAUCAAUUUGGUGAGAGCUUGCUCGAAAUUCUUGAGUUCGCCUUGGAACUUGGAACUCGGCGAAAUCCCAUUGCCGCCGUCGGAACGUUUCCAGGCAGAGUUCGCUGCCCAACUGCUGGACAAAAUCUUUAAUCAGAAGGGAUCCAGUGUUCUCGAAUGGGACUGCUUCCGCAUGCUGGUACCGUUCCAGUUUGGAGUGCUCAAUCUAAUGACCCUCGGAAAUCCCUCUCAAACUAUCAUACCCUGCGGCAGCAUGUUUGAUUUUUACAUUCUGCAGACCAUGUUCUUGGCCCACAUGACAAAGGCAGUUCUCUACUUUGAUGUGGAUAAUACUGAACAUGCUGAACUCACACAAUUGACUUAUGUGGAUCAGUUGCCGUCAAGAAUUCGGGACAACAUGGUGGCUUUCUAUCGCCGCUAUAACAUCCCUGCCAGAGUGAUGCAAAGGAGGAAGCAGCAGCAGUUGGCGGAGGAACAGAAGGAUGAUGUGGAUCAGCGGCAAGAACAGACGGUGGUGAUACCCUGCGAGUUUCAACAUUUGGCACUUCUCCUCGACUACGUGCAGCGUCAAAUGAGUUCAUUCCUGCGCUGCGCCUGCCUGUUUUAUCGCUGUCUCACGGAUAUCGAUUUUCCGGACACGUUCCCCACAGAUCAGCCAGAUCGAUUCGAGCUGAUGUGCCAGUACUUGGGCCUGGAUCCCAUGCUGGGCGUUUACUUUGACAUGGAAACUGUGUACGCCACAAUGAUGCACUCAUUUGCCUCGCAUCCCCACAUUGAUCGCGAAGUAGAGAUGCAGAGCCUAAAUGUAGGGUAUGAAAACAUGCAGCUUGAACCCUGUCUUCGCCCGUUGCCGCGUUUGAAGCCACUUUUUGAAGACUACAGCGAUCUUAUUAACAGCGUCUCGGAUAUCUUCUGUCCAAACAAUGAGCGCGAGGAGAUGAAGACUCCAACCAUGUGUCUGAUCUGCGGCUCGAUCUUAUGCGGUCAGUCUUACUGCUGUCAGCCAGAGCUAGGCAAAAUGUCAGUGGGUGCGUGCACCCAUCACGCUCAUGCCUGUGGUGCAGAGAUUGGAAUCUUCCUACGCAUUCGCGACUGUCAAGUGGUGUAUCUGGGCCGCGGCAAGGGAUGCUUCGUGCAGCCGCCAUAUCUGGACGAGUACGGAGAGACGGAUCAGGGACUUAGGCGGGGUAACCCGCUGAAACUCUGCCAGGCUGCCUACAGUAGGAUAUUCCUUCAGUGGCUAGGUCAUGGCCUACAUGAGGAGAUUGCGCGUCUGAACGACAACACCAAUGUGGCGGUGACGCAGUGGCAUCAUAUGUAGUCCUCCGCAGACACUAAGGAGGGCUCAGAGGGCAAGCAGCCGACAGGCAAUGACGGCAGUCAAUGUGAUUAUUACAUACUAACAUUAGGAGAGCCUAUUUAUACGUCUAAGCAUUUUACAACUUAUCCGUUUUGGAAAAGCGCCCACUCAUCCAUCCAACCAAAAACAUCUCCACACUCACUGGCACCAAUCACGUAUACGCCAUCAACACCCAAUCCUGUCCAGCGGCCCCAAUCACGAAUUGUAACGAUUGUAUAAUUUUCUUAUUAAUUAAUAUUAAUUCAUUACAAAUUAUGAUUUUUUUUGAACUAACGUUAGAAAACUUGUUAAUAGUUUGAGCGGCCUAGAGCCCUCUAGUUAUAUAUAUAUAUACGUAUAUAUAUAUAUAUAUCUAUAUAUAUAUCAUAAACUAUCAUAUGCUAAAUAUAUAACGACUAGGUUAGACUUUUGCCAGCACUUCAAAUGUCGCAGCAGUUAAAGGAAGAAAAUACGUUAAAAUAAAAGAAAAACUAUGUAUGUCCUGCUCUCUCUCGCACUUGCUCUCGCGGCCCCACUCGAUGUAUAUAUAGUCCCGAUCUUUGAGUGCCGAUCCUAACCACGUUGAGGUCCUAUUUUUGGAGUUUGUUGAUUUGUAUAUUUAGUUAGUGUAAAAAAUAUUGAUACCGAUUAAGAGUAUGUCCGAAAUUUGUUGUCAUCAUCCCCCUAUCCGAAAAGGCUUAGAUUAGUAGACCCUCACACUCGCCUUCUCUUUCAAUACACUGCUUUCGUCCCCCAUCUCACUCUAACCCAAGGAACACAGUAAAAUUAGUCAAAUCAUGAUGUUUACUUGAUCAAUAUACUUAACACCCUAUACGACUAUAUAUUUACAUAAUAACAACCGUAUAUAUAUAUACUAUAGAUACAUAACACGCAUAUUUCUUUUUAUGUAUUGUACAACAAACAACAAAAUUGACUAUGUAUGUGAAGUUCAAGUAAAAAUAAAAGAAUGUUCUCGAAAAAGUAAGUUUACAAAAAGGCAACAUGAUGAAGCAGCUACAAAAAACAUAAAUAAAAUGCAGUUUGCAAAAUUUUAGUGAUAUUCAAAA